GACUUCAACAAUCAUGGCAGAUAAUGACCUGAAAUAUCCACUAGGCUCUCCCCAAGAGAAUAUAAAAAUGUGUCAACCUCAUAACUUUCCUAUUGAUGUGAUUUGUGAAGACUGCGAUGAAUUCAUUUGUGGUAAGUGUGCUAAAACAGAUCAUAGAGAUCACGAAUGGAGCACUAUACCCACGGCAGCCACCCAUAGGAGAAGAGGUCUGCGUAAAUGUCUGACCAAGGUCAAGGAAGAAGAUCUGCCUUGGAUUGAUGAAAAAUUGGAAGUAAUAUCAAAACAAUUAUCAGAAAAUGAAAAACUGUGUAAAUCUGAGAUCAAAAAGCUUCAAAAGCAUUAUGAUGAAAUAAUAAUCAGGUUUUCAGAACUCAGGAAGCAAAAUGAAGAACGAUUAAAAGAAAAUUUAAAGGACAAAAAUGAAAAAUUGAAUGCUGUGAAAUCUGUAUUAAAUAAAAAGAAGAAAGCUAUUGCAGAGACAGUUCAGUUUAUGGAGGAUAACAAUAAUACCAUGUCAGAUUACGGCUUGCUUGACAACCACAGGGAUCUGACAAAACUGCUUUCUGGCCUGAAUGUUAAUAUAGAGGACUGUAAACAUUCAGUGAGGUACAUUAAAGAAGAAAUCAGUGAGGAGGUGCUUGGAAAUAUGAUUGGACAAACUUUGGAUAUAGAUAAAAUUAGUUUGACUGGAAGAAGCGUAUUUAAAUAUGGAGAUAAAAUGAUAGAUUUGUUGAGGGCAUUCUGUGAAGAUCAGUGCUACAUUAGACAAUUAGAGUCAGACUGCAUUGAACAAGUAAACAAAGAAGGUGAGAAAAAGAAUGCCUAUAGUUUCAGUCCAAGUGACAUGUGUAUAACCGAUAUUGAUGAAGUUUAUUGUACUGACUCAAGCAACCAUACCAUCAGCUGUCUGUCACCAUCAGGGUCUCUUUCUACAGUCAUAAGUACAGAUCCACAGGUUCCAAUAGGAAUCUGCCCGUCAGUACAUAGUGGACUUCUGGUCACCUUUAUUGAUCACGAAUUAGAAUCACAGAGCAAGAGUGUGGUGAAGCACCUGACAGUGACAGGUGACGUCAUACAGAAGUAUGAGUACCAGGAGGACGAUCAGACCAGACUAUUUACUUUGCCAAUCAGAAUAACCCAAAACCAUAACAGCGAUAUCUGUAUAGUGAACUAUACAAGUGGCACUUCAGGUGAUCUAAUGAUUAUGUCUCCCUCUGGGCGUAUGAAAGCUGUCUACAAUGGACACAACCUGAUGAAGAGCUUUAUUUCGAGAGAUGUAGUGUGUGACCCCCUCUGUAACAUCCUUGUUACUGACAUUAACAACAACCAGAUCCAUCUGCUAAGUCCUGACGGGGAAAUCCUGAAGUUCAUUCUGACAGAGACUGAAGUUAACCAUCCAUACUCACUGUCCAUAUACAGGUCUGCAUUGUGGGUUGGAUACUCCACUGGAAUUGUAAAAGUGUUUAAGUAUAGAAUGUGAACUUUUACAAUCAUUCAAUAGAAUGAUAUUCAUUUAUGUAUCUUUCAGCAUAUUUCGAAGAUAAAAUCACGCCAGUAUAAAUGAUUUGAA